AUGACUUACACGGAGGCUGCUUUCUCGGUAGAGCAGUUACUUGGCUUCAAGGUUUGCAUCGAUUUCCCGAAUAUAACACAACCUCCGAGGCUAUUCUUUGAGUCGAUCGGACGACGAGGCACUCUAGGAAUCACUUCUGGGCAGACUUCCGGGACUUUCAUCAAAUUCGAGACAGCUAAUUCCACCACAACUGGUCACUGCGUUUUAAGAUUCUAUGCCCUGAAUCGCGCCGGUAAUGAUGGACCGGAUGCAUCUACACCCGACCUACAAGGCAUGUUACAACCUCACACAAACUGUACCUUCUCAGUCGGUAGCAGUCCACGGGCCACUGGCUACGGAUACGACGAGGAGAACUCGUAUUCGAGCCCGAAGGUCUUUCAUCAACCCCCGGGGAAUGAUUCGCGCCACUGUCUGGAAGGACCAAAAGCUGAAGACAUCGACCACUUCGCCAUGCCAUAUCAUUGCCUAAGUCCUGUCUGGUCACCAUUAACUCACGUUAGCCACCCAAUGCAGGACUCGGCGGCGAACAUAUCUCCUGUGCAGGCUUGUAUGCUGCCAGAUCCUCCCAUGGUUCUUACAGGCUUCCCUGAUGAAGGUCAUUUCGCCACAGAUCCAAACAUGCAUAGUACGAACACGGACAUGUCAUUGUCGAAUUCUUCCUCGGUCUUCCAGCACCAUGCCGGGCACUUCACAACUAUGCCUAACUCUGCUACCACAAGUUACUUUGGAGCGUUCGGUGAGACCGAGGUACAGAUGGGAGUCGAUGUGCGGUCAGGAGCUUUGGGUGCGACCAUUGUCAUCCAGUAG